GGAAACCUCCGACGGCAAUCAUGGCGUCUUAUCUUCCUGUAAUUGUGAUGUUUUGUGGACUUUUGGUCACUGCAUUAGCUGGUGACGACUGUGAGGGCUACUAUAGCAGUUCUGGUCGUUAUGAAAGUAAGAAAGACUGUUCAUUUAUGCAGUUCUGUUGUGGCACCUGCGAUAAUAGAUAUUGCUGUUCGAGUUAUGGGAGCAAGUUAUCCGAAUACGAUCAAGACUUAUGUACCUUCGGCAGGACUGAGACAACUAUGGAAAUUACCGCAGGGAUAGUAGGUGUGAUUGUCCUGGUAGUCGUCGUCGUCGUCUGUUGUGUGUGUCCCUGCUGCUGUAUUUACAAGAUGUGCAGGAAGCCAAGACCGGUGGUGGCAACUGCCACGCACACAACAGUGAUAAAUACACAAUACCCCCAACAACAACAACAAACACCUAACCAAGGUGCACAGUAUCCUGGUUAUCAGCCAGUGCCUGCACAGCCAGGGUUCGGUGGCCAACCAGCAUAUGGAACACCAGGGUAUGGAGCACAGCCAGGUUACGGAGGACAGCCCAUGCCAACCGCUCCGUAUCAGGCACAGCCGUAUGCUCCAGGACCACCUCCACCAUACCAGGAGGCCGCAGGCCCUGGAUAUCCUGCUCCAUACAGCCAGGCAGCGUACACUGCAGGUCAACUGGCCUAUCCACUCCAACCUCCUGUUGCACCUCCGCCAUCAGACUACAACGCCAGCCAACCUGCGUACAACCCUGCUUACGUAGAGCCGGGAAAGUCUGGGCAAUAAACCACAGCUGCUCCUCCACCAGUGUUUGCUGAAUGAAGUGGCCUCUUAUGUUGUUCCUCCUGUGAAUCCUGUCAUUUGGUUUGAAAGAGAAGUCCCUGUGUAUUCAAUAUCAGAGGUGGACCACCUUCUGUAAUCGGUUAGAAUGUCAUCCUUUUACAGCUCCUUCUCUUGCAAACACUGAUGUUAUGUCUGUGAAUUGAGAAUCCUUAUAUUCAUUCAUAUCCAUUUGCUUUUUUCCAUCCAAGAUAAUCAAUGAUAUUCAUAACCCCAAGCCAUAAACUUUUGCUUAUCGCCAACAUAAGGGAAUUUGUGUAUUUUAACAGAUGUGUCCAGCAGGCAGUGUUUCCUUACCUGUUCAGCUCAAAGCCAUGAUCAUGAGGUUGGAAUAGUGCACUGAGUCAGAUGAAUUUUAACUGACGUUUACAGAAAUGCUUGCAUUCAGAUAUUGCAUAUGCAGUUGAUAUUGUGUAUAGCCAUGUACAGAGAUUUGCCUUUGGUACUAAUGAUAAAUGAGUGAUACCAAAUAGAUUCUCUGCAUGGAACUUUUAAUUAUGAAAUCUUAUUUGUUCAGGGUGUAUGUAUUUAAGGAAAAAAACAGUAUUUUUUCAAUCUGUUAUGUAGAUCUAUUCUUUUCUUUUUUUAUGAGAGUGAAGCGUUCCAGAAUAUGCCUUAUAUCUUGCAGGGCGUGAGGUUAUGUUGGCUAACGUAAACAAAAUCCUAGGAACAAACACAUGUAGCAAGGAUGACCAAACUAAAAGAAUAAUCAGGUGGACCUCAUCUCACAUAGUGCUUCUCAUGUGCUUUAUCACAAGCCUUACUAAAGUUCUUCUUCCUUAGAUAUUUUAUUUGACUAACCAGUCAGGAUGUGUCCCAGCUGUAACAAUGUAAUUUACCAUAUUUUACCAUAAUAGGUUAAGAUGCUGUUUUUCUGUCCUCUGGUUUUACUGGGGGUUUUUUUGUUGUUGUUGUUGUUGUUUUUUCUUGUCAC